AUGUUGUCUAUGGUUACAAUUAAUGUAAUGUCAGGGGAUACCAGUACUUGCAGCGUCCACCUAGACGGAGCAGAGAAACUGAUCAGUCACAUGAAUAUACAAAAGUCCAUAUUUUCACGGAGAACGAAAUCUCUUCACCGUAUAUACCUUCACUUGCGAGUGGUCUACGAGAGCACAGCUGUGAGAACUACUCGAAUUGGUGUUUCUCGAUUUUCACCAUCUUUAGGCUACCGUAAGACCUUUGGCCCGCAGCCAGUGGUCAGAAGUCCGCAUUUCCCCAUUGAUGAAGAGGAUAUGCCCUCUUCUACUAUACCCAUGGCCGGAGAUAUGGAAAUGGAUGGAAGCCCAUUGCCAGGCCUAUAA